UCAGAGUGUUAAGCCCUGGGAUCGAAUGUUAGGGGGCAGCAUUGGAAGAGGUCCUCCCUCCUCCUGCUAUCACUGGCCAUUCCAACCAGGGAGAGAGUCACAGGAAAUGGCCCAGGGCUCAAAUAAGCUGAUGGAAGGAAGCAGGAUGGCCGAAAGGACCAGAGAACAGGGCGAGCUUCCCCCACCUACACUCAGGGAGCCAAAGUGCAGACCGGAGCCUGCUGGAGGCGGGUGUCUUUGGGCUGCCGGGGGCUCCCAGAGGGUUCUAGAACACAGCAGGCUCACCAUGCUGGCCUGCUUCACCCUGCUUCUCCUGACGGGGCUGUCCUUGUGCGCUGCGGCAGGUGAUGGUGGAAAGGAACGGGCACUCAGCACUGAAGCAGAGCCCUGGGUAACCGUGACCUUGGAGGAAGGCGCCCCGUCCGUCACCCAGCGCCAGCUGCAGCAGGUGAAGAGGGGCAAGGCGAGCCAGUUCUUCGGGCUGAUGGGGAAGCAGAUGGGAGGAGCAACUCGGAUCCAGCCAGGGAGAAGAGCAGCACCAGGGUAUCAGUCAGAGCAAACGGUCCCGGGCCUCCUGGGCAGGAGAAGACCGUGCACAGCAGGCAGAGAGGGCGAGGACCAAGGUUCAGAGUGAGAGCCUCCACUGCAUGCUUCUCGGAGGCUGCCGCCCCUCCCUACCUGGAUGUCGAAGCUGACCAGCUGGCAGACCAGACCCCUUCUCCGUGUGUCUCCUGAUCCCAACACUGGCAUUUCACACAAAGCCCAAACUGAACUCAUGGGGCUUUCUCUGGGACUCUCAGUGUCAAGCAGUGUCACACUGUGUGUGAGUGCACAGUGGUCACCCUCUUGAGCUGGAGCGCCGCUGCCCUCCUGCACUCAGAGCCCUCGUCUCACCGCGCGGUGGCAGGAGCCUCGCACACUGUGCACCGCCUGUGCCCAGCACACGGGAGGGCUCAAUAAAGGAGUGACCAGUGACCGUGACCGGCUCCUUCUCCAGCGCACGGCAGGGGGCAGGAGUGGCCUCCCUGGCAUUUGAGCAGGCCAAGAGGCCUUUUGCAGAAUUGCCAAGAGAAAUACUAAGCAGCCCUGGUCCUUGGGUGGAAAAACAGGCUUAGGACACAGGAAAGGACAGGUAGAAAUGGGAAAGAAGUGGGAUAGAGGCUGUGACAAGGUGGAGAGGUACUGCAGGCACCUUGGAGUGGAAGGGAUUUGAAGGCAAGGGGUCUUUGUCCCCUUUGGGUUCCUGUGAGCCCCAGCCUGAAAGAAGACACCCUCUCCCUACACGGUCAUGAUCUCAAGGGCUUGUGUCUCCUGACUUGGAGAAGAAUUGGCUCCCAGGUCAUCCAUAAUUCAUUCAUAUAAGGUGGCCCUUCACUAACUGCUUUGCUUUUAGGACAGUUAGCCCCAUUCCCGAGUGCGGGAGAGCUCCUGAGCAGUGAAACGGCUUCCGACUGCAGGGAGCCCCGGGCUUAUGGGGAGACCACUGUCCCUGCCCUGGUAUUAAUAGUUUACAGGCAGGUGGGACACAAAGUUUCUCAGGAUACUCAGAAAGAGGCACCCCGCAUCAUGGGAUGCUAGGGGCACCCCGGGUGGUGGGCACCCCGGGUGGUGGGCACUGAGGUGUGAACCACAGAGGAGCUGGGGGCCGUGCAGGCCGGCGCAGCGGGAGAGGUGCGUUAGGUCACUAGGCUACAACACGUUUAGCUUCUCCCUGUCCCUCUCUCUGAAAAGAAGGAAAUGGGUUAGGAGUUUUUCUGGGAGGUUAAUUCUUUGCAGUGGGGGAGGGGGAGCCAGGCUAUAUUUAAAAGGAGGGGAAGCUGGUGUUGGCACGGAAGGCAGGACCUUCCGCUGGGUGCCAGGAAAGUUUUCAGGAGACUGCUGAGAGGCCAACUGGCGCCAGCACAGGCGGGAAGACUCCUUCCACUCGGCCUGUGGAGAAGUCUCUCUCCAAGGAGGACUGUUCAUCGUGAGCCCCGGAUGAACCUCAGGCCUAGACUUCAUUUUCAUACCUUACCGCCGUGUCCAGUGAUGGAUGUGGGGGUAGGAACAGGGCAAGCCUCCUCCUUGGAGUUUCACACUGCCGGAUUUCCCAGUUAAUGUCCUUCUCCUUCCCCCUACUCCCAACCUCCUAACCCACCAGGCCUCCUCCCCACCCAGAGGUGAGGUCCCAAGAGGUGGUUCCCUACAAUAACCCAACUCAAAAGACCAGCAAAGAGGGCUGAAGACUUUAUUCUUGUGUUUGAAGUUUGGAACAUUUAGGAAAAAAUGAAAUUCACCAAAUACUUUGUGACUUUCCUGUAUGUGCCACACUUUACUAGGAACUUCGAUGGACUGGGAAUAUGAUUAUGUGGGAAUGGAAUUUGCCCCCAAAGACAUGAUGGCCUUAUAGGAGAGCCAAGACACACUCACUCGGUACAAAGCCCACAUUCUGUUCUCCAAUCUUAUCUUUUUUCAAACCCACCACAU